GCGUGAUAGCUUGAAGCUAGAAAACCUGCGCUGCCGUCUUCGAGUCGUCUGGCCGGAAUGAUCAAAAUAUGGUCCAUGAAGAAGGAGGGCGAGGCGGCCGGAAAGAAGAAGCCACGGGUAUCUGCGGCCCAACUGCGAGCUCAAAAAGACAUCACCGAGCUAGACCUGUCCUCGACGAUGAAGACCGACUUCCCGGAUCCCACCGAUCUGCUUAACUUCAAGCUCAGCAUCACGCCUGACGAGGGCAUGUACAAGGGCGGCGAAUUCAAGUUCACUUUUGCGAUCAAUACCAACUAUCCACAUGAGCCGCCCAAGGUCAAGCUGACACAAAAGAUUUAUCAUCCCAAUCUCGAUCUAGAGGGAAAUGUCUGUCUGAACCUAUUGCGAGAAGACUGGAAACCCGUCCUCAAUCUCAACGCGGUCAUGGUCGGCCUUCAGUUCCUGUUCCUUGAGCCAAACGCAGACGAUCCUCUCAAUAAAGAGGCAGCAGAAGAGCUGCGGCGAGAUCGUACGACGUUUGCGCAGAACGUCAAGACCGCCAUGCGAGGCGGCCGUGUCAAGUCAGAGGUAUAUGAUUACGUGCUUAUCAAAAAGUGAUAGACGACAACGUAGGCAGCUCAGCAUUGUUGUAUCACUCGUGCAGGAUUCGUACAGAGCCAA